CUUCCGACCUUUUCUGACUUGGCCUUUCCGCAUUCCUCGCAAGUGCAUUCGCAAGUGCUGGUGGAUCCUUGAUGGAGCGUCGGGCACUUCAAGUGGAAUUACUCUGCAGCCGAGGCUGUUUGGCCCCGGAGGACCUUUGCCGGAUCUGCACAGCGAGCCGCGAGUGGUGGGGCUAUGCGGAUGCCGAGGCGUCCUGGCUGGUCUUAGCGCGGAUGGUCACCAUCCGGCCAUUGCCCCCAUGCCUGGAGCCAGGCUCUCGUGAUGUCAAUUCUCGCGAGGGAUCUGCAAAAGCGCGGCUUUUGCAGAUGUACAUUCCUGCCUUCAAAGUAAGGUGUCAGGUGCGGCAGCUUUUGCGCCGCAUCGCAGGCUUUUGGCAUUUCUGGUCUCCGGCUGCUGCCUUGGCCCUCCGGCCGGGCCUGAGCGAGGUGGAGCUGCAGCGCUUUGAGCAGUUGCUCGCAGAGCGAGUUGAGCGAGGGGGACGUGUGUCACAGCUGCCGGAGGAUUUCGCCGAAUUCCUCCGCUGGUGCGAUGGCUAUGAGGUAGAGGCCUUUUGGUGCGCUGAAGCGCAGCCGGGCGCCUUGGCCUUUCGCGUUUGCCGGUUGCUUUGCAGCGCUGAGAUCGUGGCCCAGGCUGCUCAAAUCUCCUCUGGGUGGCUUCCCGUCUCCUGCUCACGGGAGGGCGCCUUGACCUGCUUGCGCCUUGAGGAAGAGGACGAAGAAUCUGCCACACCCGGAGCUGGGCCUGGCAUCACAGCGUCUGUGGUGUCCCCGGCGUCCAGUGCCAGCUUCGGUGAGCUUUGGUGUGGUGCUGCACCGCGGGGAAGCGACUUCGAGUCGGGAAACCUCACCCGGCAGAGCAGCUCUUUCAUGGAAUACCUGCAGGACUACGUGGGCUUGCUGGAAAACAUUGCGCGGCAGUUCGCAGAGGAACAGUUGCUCACCCCAAUCAGCCUGAAUCAGGUGCUUCCACAGCUCUUCUCCUCGACGCGGAUCUACUGCGAUGAACAGUCAAGCUGGGUCACGACAGGUCUGGGCAAAGGCAAAGGCAACCUUUGGCAGCGCGUGGACCGCAGCCGGCCACUGCGGAUCAUCUUUCCCCGCUUCCACACGGGCAAACGUGCCGGCCGCUUCGCGAACAUGUGGCUCCAAAGCUCCAGCGUUUGACGCGAAACUCAGCAGACAA